GACAAAAUUUGAAACUUGGCAGGAGGGUGGUCUCAAUACCACAACUGAGUCGAUGACACGCGCAUUAAUCACCGACGAAGUGCGAACUGGCCACUCGAUGGGUCCAGUUCAGCUUGGUUACCUGGAUAAGAUCAAUGAGCGUGAAGAUUAUCUCCCAUGCUUUGUUGCUGGUGUCAUUUUGCGCGAGCGUUUGGCCGCAUUCGAGCGGAUGUUAUGGCGCGCCUGUCGCGGAAAUGUUUUUUUGCGUCAAGCCAUGAUUGAGUCACCGCUGGAGGAUCCGUCUAAUGGAGAUCAGGUGUACAAAUCUGUGUUUAUCAUAUUUUUCCAAGGUGACCAAUUGAAAACGCUCAAGAAAAUUUGCGAAGGCUUCCGCGCUACUCUCUACCCUUGUCCUGAAGCACCGGCUGAUCGUCGUGAAAUGGCUAUGGGUGUUAUGACACGCAUUGAGGAUUUGAAUACUGUGCUCGGUCAGACACAAGACCAUCGUCAUCGUGUUCUGGUCGCUGCUGCUAAAAAUUUGAAGAAUUGGUUUGUCAAAGUGCGUAAAAUCAAAGCUAUUUAUCAUACAUUGAAUCUGUUCAAUUUGGACGUUACACAAAAAUGUCUUAUUGCUGAAUGCUGGGUACCGGUGCUGGACAUCGAGACCAUACAACUGGCAUUAAGGCGUGGUACAGAACGCUCGGGUUCAUCGGUGCCACCGAUUCUGAAUCGCAUGCAAACUUUUGAAAAUCCACCGACCUAUAAUCGGACCAAUAAAUUCACGAAAGCUUUUCAGGCCCUUAUUGAUGCAUAUGGCGUUGCCGCUUAUCGUGAAAUGAACCCAGCACCCUAUACGAUUAUAACUUUUCCCUUCCUUUUUGCUGUGAUGUUUGGUGAUCUCGGACAUGGCACACUUAUGGCACUAUUUGGUCUAUGGAUGAUACGCAAAGAGAAAGGCUUGGCUGCACAGAAGACCACAAAUGAGAUAUGGAACAUCUUUUUCGGUGGACGUUACAUUAUAUUCCUAAUGGGUGUAUUUUCCAUGUAUACUGGCCUGAUUUAUAACGAUAUUUUCUCAAAGUCUUUGAAUAUAUUCGGAUCGCACUGGCAUGUCAACUAUAACAAGACAACGGUGUUAAGCAAUAAGCAUUUGCAAUUAAAUCCUGGCACUGCUGAUUAUGAAGGAGACCCUUAUCCGUUAGGCAUGGACCCCGUUUGGCAGAUAGCCACAUCGAAUAAGAUUAUCUUUCAAAAUUCGUACAAAAUGAAGAUCUCAAUCAUAUUGGGUGUAAUUCAUAUGAUUUUCGGCGUCUCGUUGAGUCUACACAAUCACACCUACUUUAAAAACCGAAAUGCUCUGCUCUAUGAAUUCAUACCACAGUUGGUCUUCUUGAUUAUGAUGUUCUUCUAUUUGGCACUUCUGAUGUUCAUCAAAUGGAAUAGAUAUUCUGCAUUUAAUGAGCCUCCCUAUUCGGCUGGAUGUGCUCCUUCGAUUUUGAUUACUUUCAUUGAUAUGGUUUUGGGCAAUACACCCAAACCUCCAGUCGGCAAGUGCGAAACCUACAUGUUUGCUGGCCAGUCGUUCUUUCAAAAACUGUUCCGUUUUAUUGCACUUUGUUGUAUACCGGUUAUGCUGCUUGGAAAACCACUAAAGAUCAUUCAAGAACGCCGUCAAGCAAACCGGCAAAAUCUUACCGGCGCCACCAGUGAUGCUGAGGUGGGCAUGACCAAUGGCACAGUUGGCGGAGUUGCAGGACAUGGUGGCGGUGAGCAUCACGAAGAGGAAGAGUUGUCGGAAAUUGCUAUACAUCAAGGCAUACACACCAUUGAAUUCGUAUUAGGAUCUGUUUCACACACUGCAUCGUAUUUGCGUUUGUGGGCACUCUCCUUAGCACACGCACAAUUAGCAGAGGUUUUAUGGAACAUGGUAUUGUCGAUUGGUUUGAAGCAGGAAGGGUGGACCGGUGGUAUUAUGCUGACUAUUGUAUUUGCUUUCUGGGCCAUACUAACUGUCGGCAUUUUGGUUUUAAUGGAAGGCCUGUCAGCUUUCUUACACACUCUACGUCUGCACUGGGUUGAAUUCCAAAGCAAGUUCUACAAAGGCACGGGAUAUGCUUUCCAACCAUUUGCUUUCGACCAAAUUAUUGAAAAUGGCGCCGCUGUCGCAGUUGAAGGUGCCGAGUAAAUCUAAACUAUUAAAUUUGUUUGGGUUAUUUGGAGUUCGCUACAAUGUUGGUUACGCCACAAGCACAGUACAUUAGAAAGGAAGAAUUUAUGCACACAUACAGUUAUAUCGAAAUAAAUAAUUAAAGAUGUAUUUAUGAAGUCAUGGGAUUUAAUGUAUAACAUACAUAAAUAUAUAUAAAAGUUCAUCAACAAUCUUAGUAGAAUUGCAUUAACGAGAACAUAAUCACAUACAUAUAUAAAUAUAUAAUACAUAAUUAAUUUAAAAUCUAA